GUUCUCCACAGCAGACGCUUGGUGCCCUGCAUCAUCAUCUUUGUGCUCGGUGUGGGAUCUCUGCUGCCAUGGAACUUCUUCAUCAUCGCGUCUCAGUAUUUCCAACGGCGCCUGGCAGCAGAACCAAGCACCACGUCGGGGGGCGGAGGCUACAGCUAUGAGCUCUGGAUGCCCCUGGCUGCCAAUCUGCCCCUGGUGGUCUCCAGCCUGCUCAACUGCCUCUGCACCAGCGGUUGUGGGCGUGGCCUUCCAGCGGCUCUGCGCAGGUGUUGUGGGCGUGGCCUUCCAGCGGCUCCGUGUGGGAGUUGUGAUCUUAAACACAGCCCGCUCGUGGUCUCCACCAUGGUCUUGAUCAUCGGGUUAUUUGCUGCCACGGCCGUCCUGGUGGAUGUCGACAUGGAGCCGCGCAUCUUCUUCUACGUCACCAUGGCGACCAUCGUGGUCAUCAACAUGUCCAACGGCGUGCUGGUGGGGAGUCUGUUCGGUGUGGUCAGUCUGCUCUUCCAACAGCACUUGCGUUGGUUCAUGAUCGGUCAGGGGGCGUCCGGGCUCAUCGCUGCACUCGUGAUGCUCGUCUCCAUCUUAAGUGAAGUACCUGCGCAGGCGUACUUCAUCAUCCCGUGUGUCGUCGCCGCGGUAACCUUGGCGUGUUACCUGUGUCUGGGGAUGUCACCAAGGACACACACACACGGCGACGGAGUCGACUCUCCUCAGCAGGACUCACAGGAGCCCCCCGGCAGCACAGGCAGGCUCCUCUCACCCUGCAGCCACUCCCGUUAUUUUAAGUCCUUUAUUGUCGCAUUCCAGCUGAUACGAGCUCAGAAGCGGCUCGUCAUCAAUCGGCGAUCAGCGUCAAAAGCAACACGACCACAGCCGAGAAACGUCACUGUGGCAGUGAAAGUCCUCACACCGGCUCUCUGCACAAAAAACACCUUACGUUACUUAAAUAAUUCAAUUAUCUGCUUUUAUUUUCAGAGGAAAAUACU